AACAAUAUGGCGGACACCAGCACAAACAACUAACUUUUGACAAAAUGUGAAAAUUAUCUGCAGAUGUGCGACUGACUGUUAAUUUCAGAAUGCCAUCAGUGAGCUCAAUGACGAGGGCCGUUUCGGGCCCUUUAAAAGGGUUCCAAAAUGAUGGUUCAGAUGGUCUUUUGAUAGACACUAUGGAACUGGUGGAACCCAAACGCUCCAAGACAGUCCCAAAUCAUCUACUUGAGACAAAGAUAUAUUCAAAAGUUGCUCAAAAUGCGAUGGUUAUUGCUAAACCAGCUGUGGUUCAUUUUGGUGGAUUUGAAGCUGACAAAAAACAUGUCCAGAAACUUAGUAUAGUAAAUGCAUCAACAGAUGUCAUAAGAAUGCAUAUAAUACCACCACAAACUAAAUACUUCUACAUUAAAUAUAAAAAAAGUGAAAGAUUAGUUCCUGGUUUAACAAUAGACUGCACAAUAGAGUUUACACCUGAUGAAUGGAGAUAUUAUUAUGACUGUAUUAGAAUUAAUUGUCCGGGAGAACAAAAUUUGGUUAUUCCAAUACAUGCCUACCCUGUUAUGAGUACCAAGGAAUUUCCAACCAACUUUACUUUUCCAAAUGUACCAGUAGGUCACAGAAUGACACAAAUUUUCCCAUUAAGAUGUGAUGCACCAAUAGAUUUUGAAUUUCAGUUAGCCUAUUUACAACCUCAUCCUGCAUUCACUGUUGAUCCAAUGAAUGGUAUUAUACCAGCACAAGGAGAAGCAGAUGUUGCAGUCACAUUUGCCCCAUUUGAGUUCCAGACUGCACUAAUGAAGAUACAGCUAACUAUAUCACAGUUCAACUCCAAACCAAUAGUAUGUCAGUUCACAGGCUCAUCUGUACCAGGGUUACUCAGGGACCUGUCUUUGAGGGAUUAUGACCAUGAAGUAUCAGAACAGAAUAUAUUAGAUCCUAGAUGUUUAACCCCUUUAGAGAGAUCAAGAUCAAAGAAAAAACUACGAGAAUCAAAAGAUGAAGAAUCUUUCAAAUCACAAGAAAUAGAAUAUGGUGGUGUGCGGUUUCCCCCAAACUUAGAAACACCAUAUGCAGUUGCACAAGUAUUGAAUCAAGAACCUGGCAAGCUGAGAGCCAAAGAUCUCAGAGAAACUGUGUUAGCAAAAAGUAAACCAGACAAAUCAAAGAAAGCAACAAGGCAGAUGAAGGAAGCAUUGUUUGAGCAUAAUGUACGACAAAAUGUUUAUGAAGAAAGACAAAACCAGUUACGAUGGCAGGUCAAAUUAGGUGAUGAUCAGAUUACAAAUGAUGCUCGUGCAAGUGUCUUAGCUGCCAGAGGUGAAGCUUGGGAUGAAUAUGUGUACAAGAGGAGAGGUGACCCUGUGGAGGAGGAUGAAUUUAUAAGAACAGCAACUAAUUGUACAUUACGAAGAACUUUUAGAGAUUCUUCAGAGUUAGCACCAGAGGAGGCUAAGUUUGAUACAUACACCAAUGAUUUAUGGGCUGUCAGACAUAGAGCUUUAAGUAAAUUUGCACAAGCAGCUAGAAAGGUAAUAAUUAGGUCCAGAGCAGACGUGAAAUUGAAGUCAUUAGCUAUGCUUGUUACUGAAUGGAAAGAUAAAAAGUUUAUAAAUAGUGCUGUGUCAAAUGACCAACAAGAUAAAAUGGAAGAAGAUGCCAAAAAAGAAUUAAUACCAACAACAUUAACAAUGGCUUAUGAGAAGAUUCAUAAAUUUACAUUUCCUACUUAUGUACCACCUAAUGUCAAGGAUGAUAUGGCACCAGAUGCUCUUGGAAAGGUACCAUUCAAACCUACAGAAGUGGUGGUCAAAACUAAAGUUCCUUAUUUUGGAUUAAAGGUACCACAGACGUACAGACUUAUGGGAUAUGAUAUACAUGAGAGUCAUACAUCAGCUAGUGGAUAUGUAGCUCCCAAACUUGCCAGACCAUUAAAGACAGGUGCUGAGGAUGAAGUGAUAACUUUGUCAGCAUACCAGGCUGAUACAGCUGCUCCUCGAGUGGUAGAUGUAACUGAGGAAGGGCCAGUAACACUUCCUGAAGGCACAGAGGACUUCGUCAAACCUGAUGUCAUUAUACAGUCCCAACCACAGCCUGUAGCUUUAACUCCACCUAAAGCAUUAUUUCAUCCAAUUGAAUAUCCACCCCUGCAUAUAUUUAACCCAGCUCCAGGUUUACAAGUAUUCCAAGCUCCAGCUCCAUAUGCUGAAGUAGACCCUGAUUUCCAUUUAUGUCCAUUACCACGUUACAUCAGGAAAGACUAUGCUACUAAUCAGCAUGCAGCCACACAAAGGAAGUACCUAGAUAGAGAGGAUGUAGUAAGAGGUGUUAUGACAUGGAAAAAGUUCCCAUCCCAAGGCCUAACAUCAUUGUCUAACACACCUACAUUAACUAAUGUAUGGGUUCCAAGAUGGGAUGAUCAGUUUGAUGAUGAUUUAUUACCUAGAGAUGUUCCAGAUUUAUUAGACUCUCUACCAGAGGAUGACCGACAAAACAUUCUAGAUGAAGAUGAAGAGGAAGACAGGACAACAUCGCGACUGGAAGUUACAUUAACACCUGAUAUGGUGACAGCACAGUUCUCUCUCAUUGAUAUGUCUACUCCAACAGACGAGAAAACUUCACAAGAUGUAUUCCCUUAUGGCAAUAAACUUCCAACAACAAACAUUCCAGUAUCAGCAUAUGGACCAGUUCCAAGAGAAAAGAGAGAAGAAGAAAUAGAAUUUUUCAUGAUGAAAAAAUAUAACAAAUUAGGAGGAAAAAUACAGACAAAAACAACUCAACUGGACAAUCUUAUUACAGAUCCUAAACUUGUGCUAAAGUGAUGUGAUAAAAGGAUCAUAGAGUAUAAUAUACUAUGGUGUGAAUUUUUCCAUCAAAUGUGAACAAAAAGGAGGAAUAAUUGAAACAGGGAAAAAGCUGAAUAGUAUUAACGUCAUGAAUUCAUUAUAGUCUUUCAGGUUCAUCAGCACAAGAUAAUUCUGUACUCUUACUGUUCACACACAAAUAGUUCUGCCAUUGAAUGCUUUAUAUAUCCUUAUGACCACACAGAGGUAGUAUGUUGAUUAAAAAAGUAGCUACUGCUAAGUUACUCUAUUUAUUACUACAGUAGAGUACAAGGUAGAUUUUUCAUAAUUUGAAUACUUUUCAAAUUUUAAGAUAAAACCGCAAGUUUCCUUUGUGUUAUCUAAGGUUAAUAAUUUUAAGAUGUUUAUUCCUUUGUUUUUAAAAAAAUGACCUUUAUAUGUAUCAUGCUUUCAUUAAUUCUCUACCACUGCCUUUUUCUAAAAUCCAAAUGAAUAUUUAUAUGGAGACUUCUGUAAGGAGGUAAAUGAAGACAUACAGGACAUGUAUAUGGCUUACAAAUCUUAGUGAUAAAACUAUUUAGCUAACAGUAUGUCCUAUGAAGGCUUUUCCAGUAUUUCCAUACAUAUUUAAGCAAUUUUCCAUUCUUUUGAAGUCUUAUUUGUGAGCGAAAAAUUACAGUGUAAUUAAUUUCGCAGGAGAUUUCCUAGUACCUUGGUAGGAUGCUUGAAGUUAAAACAUACUUUAAUGCUUUAACUUACAAACAGCUUGAGAUCAGUAAAAAAAGUCUAAAAAAUUAUAAGAAAAAAAGGAAAUAACCUUAAUGAAUUUUUAAUUGUAUUUAUAUGAUAUUUUUCUUGAAACACUUUAUGUGAAAAAUAAUCCGUCCAUUUUAAUUGAAGCUAUUUAUUAUACACAAAAAGCAAACUAUGUGUUAUGACUAAUUUUUGUAUGCUUUCAAUAUGAAUAUAAAACUUAAUUUGAAUACUACAUAUGUAUCCCAUUUAUCCAAUAUAUAAAUGUGACCCAUAUGUACUGUUUUAUACAAACACAAACCUGAGGUUUCAGAAAUAUGCAAAUGAAUUUUGUGGAGCUCUCUAGGAAAUUGGCCUGCAAAGAGUCCGUUGUUGUAUAAUGCUGUAUUUGACAAAAUUAGACAUAAUAUGUCUGUAACUCAGUUCUUAUUCUGUAUCUGUUGAGUAAUCCUGUAUUAUUCUUCUCAUAAUUAUGAACUAUUUAUUCCGUAUUUGAGACUGUGAUAUGAAAAUUGUUUACAUAUUUAAAUGUUAUGGAUUAUAUGUGCAGAAGAUUGUUUUUGUAUUUUAUGAUUUAUUUUUAUGUGAAGAAGAAACUAUUUAUAUUAUUAAAAUGCAUUUUUUAUGAAUGCAAAUAAAACUGAUUUACACAAUAA